AACGAUUACCCUGUUGUCCCUCCCCACGCCGCCAUCACCUCCAUCGUGUGGAUAUCUUUUCUCUGCUGCGUUAUCAAUCCAGCUAUCAUCAUCUUUUUAAACAGAAAAUUCAGGGUACAGCUGAAGCUGCUCGUCAACCAGCAUCUGUGUUCUACACUGGGAGCUAGCAAGGAGGUGUUCACAAUCUCUACAGGACUACACAACAUCCUCGAUGCUACCCUCGUACUCAGCAUGAUCAAACACGAGAACGCUUCCACCACCACUUCUAUACGUCGGAAGAUCCUUCGACUGGGUGUAGCAAAUUAA